AGCUCUACGGAUCGAAUAAACAGACACCAUCCCGAAGUCUGGUAGAAGCCCACGAUUGGCGAACAAAAAGGUACGCCUUCGUCGUGACGUGACGGCCUGCUUCUGCCCACGCCUUCUUUUUCCUUGGUACAUCUUCUUAAUAGCCCGUUCCUUCCUAGCUCGUUGGCCUUCGCCGCAUCUUUGUCCUCCACUUUGUUCUUUUCCUUUAUCUUUCAACCACGCCUAGCUUUUCCCCUUGUCCUCGUCGUCUUCGUCUUCGUCCUUGCCUGUCUUACUCCUUCGUCUCUUGCCCGUUGACGCCACAGCGGUUAUCUUGCUCGCGAGCCUGAUAAGGCUCCCCCGUCAGUCAUGUCGCUCGUUGGCAACGUCGCCGUCAACAAUGCAGACGCGACGGACGUUCGAUCGGGUGCUGCUCGCCCAGGUACUGGCCGCAGGCCCAGUACAGCUGCUGAGGAUGCCGAGAAUACGGCCAUCGGUUUGCACCGUAUAAGAUCCGGCCAUUCGAAUCGUAGGCCGAGUUCGGAUGCGGCACCUCUGCCUUCACCAAAGCAAAGCAGUGAGAAGGCACCUGGUUCAGAAGAUGAGCUGUCAAAGGUCGACGAAGCAAAGGGGGCCGAGGACUCCGCAACCAGCGUCGACGAAGAAGAUGAGCGGAGGGAGAAUGAGAUUAAGGGUCUCGCCAGAAAGAUGACCCAUUGUUCGUCACAUUACGACGAUUCUGAUAUCAACCCUUUCAAUGCUCCCCCGGGCUCGAGAUAUGAUCCCUCAUCGCCGGCAUUCAAUGCCAAGGCAUGGGUCCGUCGUGCUAUGGAGUUCUACCGCUCGGAUCCUCAAACUGGUCCACCACGUACUGCCGGUAUCGCGUUCAGGAAUCUUAAUGUUUUUGGCUAUGGGAGUCCCACCGACUAUCAGAAAAGUGUCGGCAACGUCUGGCUCGAGGCGUAUGGCAUUGCUCAGAAGCUCAUGGGCAAGGGUCAGCGCAGAAUUGACAUCUUGCGAGACUUCGAGGGCAUCGUAAACCCAGGUGAAAUGCUCGUUGUCCUUGGUCCACCAGGUUCAGGCUGUUCGACAUUUUUGAAAACUGUAUCCGGAGAAAUGAACGGCUUGAACAUCGAGGAGGGGUCGUAUAUCAACUACCAGGGUAUCUCUCGUCAUGACAUGCACAAGCACUUCAGAGGUGAGGCUAUUUAUACUGCUGAGGUUGACGUGCAUUUUCCCGCCCUUACAGUCAACGACACGCUCACCUUUGCCGCUCGAGCCAGAGCUCCCCGCUACAUUCCAGGCGGUGUCACGAGGAAUCAGUAUGCCGAUUAUAUGCGCGACGUUGUAAUGGCCACGUUCGGCAUCUCGCACACAGGCAACACUCGCGUUGGUAACGAUUUUGUCCGUGGUGUUUCUGGCGGAGAACGGAAACGCGUCACUAUCGCCGAAGCAACACUGUCUGGCGCGCCACUCCAAUGCUGGGAUAACUCGACUCGUGGUCUCGACAGCGCAAAUGCCAUCGAGUUCUGCAGGACUUUGAAAAUGAAUGCUGAGCUGACAGAUACGACCGCAUGUGUCGCCAUCUAUCAGGCACCCCAAUCUGCCUACGAUCUCUUCGACAAAGCGCUCGUCCUCUACGAAGGCAGACAGAUUUAUUUCGGCCGCUGCGAUGAAGCAAAGGCAUACUUUGAGGCCAUGGGCUUCGACUGUCCGGACAGACAGACAACUGCUGAUUUCUUGACCUCCAUGACCAGCCCGCAAGAACGUGUUGUGAGACCAGGCUGGGAACAUAAAGUUCCUCAGACGCCAGAUGAUUUUGCGGCACGCUGGAAGGAGUCGGAGCAGCGCAAAGCGUUGAUGGCGGAAAUUGACGAAUAUGACAAGAAGUAUACCAUUGGAGGCGAGUACCUCCAAAGGUUUAAGGAUUCUAGACGAGCGCAGCAAUCCAAGCAUCAACACGUCAAGUCUCCAUACACCCUUUCCUACGGCGGGCAAAUCAGACUUUGCUUGUGGCGUGGUUUCCAGCGGCUCAAGAUGGAUCCUUCAAUCACCUUUGUUCAAAUGUUCUCUAAUAGUAUCAUGGCUCUUGUCAUCGGCAGCGUCUUUUACAACCUUCAGGACACUACCGCCAGUUUUUACUCGCGAAGCGCACUUCUGUUCUUCGCUGUUCUGAUGAACGCGUUCGGUUCGGCCCUCGAGAUUCUCACUCUUUAUGCUCAGCGACCCAUUGUCGAGAAGCAGGCAAGAUAUGCAUUUUAUCAUCCAAGCGCCGAGGCCUUUUCUAGCAUGCUGGUCGAUAUUCCGUACAAGAUUGGCAACGCUAUAUCCUUCAACAUCGUUCUGUACUUCCUCACAAACCUUCGACGAGAACCAGGAGCCUUUUUCUUCUUCCUACUAGUCUCCUUCAUCACGACGUUGGUCAUGUCCAUGUUCUUCCGCUUCAUCGGUUCAGUUUCACGGUCUCUGGCACAGGCAAUGGCCCCAGCCGCCAUCUUUAUUCUGGCCAUCGUCAUCUUCACGGGCUUCGUCAUUCCUACGCGGUACAUGUUGGGUUGGUGCAGAUGGAUCAACUACAUCGAUCCUGUGGCCUAUGCCUUCGAGUCGCUCAUGAUCAACGAAUUCCACAACCGAAAUUUUACCUGCUCGUCCUUUAUCCCGAGUGGUCCCGGAUACCAGGGCAUUAGCGGCCUGAACCGUGUUUGCACUGCUGUGGGAUCAGUGGCAGGUGCCACUUCAACCAAUGGUGAUGCUUACAUCAAUUCAGCGUAUGAAUACUAUCACGUGCAUAAAUGGAGGAAUGUGGGCAUAAUCAUCGCCUUCGUCAUCGGCUUCUGCUUCUUCUACAUCAUUGCGGCUGAGCUUGUUUCCGAAAAGCGAUCCAAGGGUGAAGUACUUGUGUUUCGACGUGGUCACAUGCCAGCUUCAGUGCGAAGUACGAGUACUGCAGACGAUGAGGAGGCAGCGGGCGAGAGGCGAGGCAGUGUUAUUAAACAGGUUCACACACAAGAGGAUGUGUCGGCGAUGAUCCAGAGACAGACAAGUAUCUUCUCGUGGCGCAAUGUCUGUUAUGACAUUAAGAUCAAAGGCGAAACACGUAGGAUUUUGGAUCAUGUCGACGGCUGGGUUAAGCCAGGCACUUUGACUGCCCUCAUGGGUGUCUCCGGUGCCGGCAAAACCACUCUCUUAGAUGCUUUGGCCACACGAACGACCAUGGGUGUCAUCAGUGGUGAAAUGCUCGUCGACGGACGUCAACGUGAUCAAUCUUUCCAAAGAAAGACCGGCUAUGUUCAACAGCAAGACCUUCACUUACAAACUUCGACCGUCAGAGAGGCUCUCAACUUCAGUGCUCUGCUACGUCAACCUCGUCAUAUCCCUCGCGCCGAGAAGCUCGCUUAUGUUGACGAAGUUAUCAAGCUGCUGGAUAUGGAGGAAUAUGCCGAUGCUGUUGUCGGUGUCCCUGGCGAAGGGCUCAACGUUGAGCAGCGCAAGCGAUUAACCAUCGGUGUAGAACUUGCCGCUAAGCCGCAGUUGCUUCUAUUCCUCGAUGAGCCAACAUCUGGCUUGGAUUCGCAGACAUCUUGGGCUAUUUGCGACUUGAUGGAAAAAUUGACCAAUUCCGGACAAGCCAUUCUCUGCACGAUCCACCAGCCUUCUGCAAUGUUGUUCCAACGCUUCCAGCGCCUGCUUUUCCUCCAAAAGGGUGGCCAAACUGUCUACUUUGGCGACAUUGGACCGAACGCUGAGACCUUGAUCAGUUAUUUCGAACGGAACGGCGGUUUCCCUUGUCCGAAGGAUGCUAAUCCGGCCGAAUGGAUGCUUGAGGUCAUUGGCGCAGCUCCUGGUUCGCACACUGAUAUCGACUGGUUCGAAGUAUGGCGCAACAGUCCAGAAUACAAAGAGGUCCACCGGGAACUCGAUCGACUCAUCGAAGAAGGUCCGAGCUCACAGGCUCUUGAGCGAACACAAACCCAGCAAAAGAGAGAGGAUAAAGCCGCCUAUGCACAGUUUGCUGCUCCGUUCAGCGAGCAGAUGUGGGAAGUUCAAAAGCGUGUCUUUCAACAAUACUGGCGAACUCCUAGCUACAUCUAUUCCAAGACCUUGCUUUGUCUUUCAACGGCGCUUUUCGUUGGUUUCAUCUUCUUCAAGGCUCCACUUACCCAGCAGGGUCUCCAGAACCAGAUGUUGGCCAUCUUUAUGAUCUUCACUUGUUUCGGUCAACUGGUGCAGCAGAUCAUGCCUCACUUUGUCACGCAGCGUGCUCUUUACGAGGUUCGUGAGCGCCCAUCGAAGACAUACUCCUGGCAAGCAUUCAUGCUCUCAAACAUCAUCGUGGAGCUGCCUUGGCAAACGUUGAUGGCCGUGAUCAUGUUCUUUUCGUUCUACUACCCUGUCGGAUUCUAUCGCAACGCCGAGCCGGCUGGACAAGUCCACGAACGAGGUGCCUUGUUCUUCCUCUUGAUGUGGAUUUUCCUCAUUUUCACUUCAACUUUCACGCACAUGAUCAUUGCUGCGGUGGAAACUGCCGAAGCUGGAGGUAAUAUCGCUAACUUGCUCUUCUCGCUCACUCUCGUCUUCUGCGGUGUCCUCGCAACCCCUCAACAGUUCCCCGGCUUCUGGAUUUUCAUGUAUCGGGUGUCUCCCUUUAAUUACCUCGUCGACGCGUUCCUUUCCGUCGGUGUUGCGAAUACUAAAAUCACAUGCGCAUCUAAUGAAUACUUACAUUUCCAGCCUCUUGAAGGCCAAACCUGCUCGCAGUAUAUGAGCAGGUAUAUUAACAACUUCGGCGGCUACCUGGAGAAUCCGGAUGCAACCAGCAAUUGUUCGUUCUGCACCACCAGCGACACAAAUGCCUUCCUCGCCUCUAUCAAUGCAAGCUAUAGUCACAGGUGGAGAAACUUUGGAAUCAUGUGGGCGUAUGUUGUCUUCAAUGUCGCUGCUGCUCUCCUGCUUUACUAUCUUGUCCGCGUGCCCAAGGGUGCGAGAAAGGAGGACAGGGCCUCACCAGUCAAGUCGUCCGAAAAGACAGGCAAAAGCAAGUUUUCUCUCUUUUCAAAGAGAGAGGAGGCGAAUGCAAGUUCUUAAAUAAUUCAAAAAAAAUUUUUUGCUAAAAUGGAUGUGGGUGGUGUUAUUUUUGGGCAGAUGAUUCUUGUCAAUUCAAGCUAUGCUGUUGUACUUUGGUAAGCAUCGACUGCAAUUUGUUCAGAAAUCCAGAAUUAGAGUAGAUAGGAAGGCUGUAAUGGUUGGUAUUGUAUAAUAUGGACUUCGUAAUUCCAGACUUUUUAUUUUUCUUUUUACA